AUCUGUCAUCUGUGGUUUGCAUGAACGCUCAGGAGUCAGGCUAGCUAGUGGAGGCACUGAUUUAUAAAAUAUGUCAAAAUAUAAUGUAGCGCAGUGCUAGCACAUAGUAACCUGAAGUCUGAAACCGGCUAAAGUGAAUCUGAAUAAUGGAUCAAUCUUGGUAAACUAGAAACAUGGAUUUUACCGAUAAAGUUGUACUAAUCACUGGAGCCAGUUCAGGGCUAGGUGCUGCUAUUGCUAUUCAUCUAUCGAAAUUAUCCGCAAAGUUAGUGCUAGUUGGAAGAAAAGAAAUCAAUUUAAAAAAGAUUGCGCUAUACUGUGAAAAAGCAAAAGGAAUAAAAUCACAUACUAUUGUAGCUGAUGUAUCAGAUGAAGGUGAUUUAGAAAGAAUCUUAAAUGAAACAAUUGAGGAAUUUGGCAAAUUAGAUGUCUUAGUGAACAAUGCGGGAGUUUUAGCCAUGGGAGGAAUUAAGAAAUCAGACAUGGAAAGUUUUGACAGAGUAAUGUCUAUUAACACUCGUGCUGUGUUUCAGCUAACUAUGCUAGCUACACCACAUUUAAUUGCAAGUAAAGGAUGCAUUAUUAACAUGUCUAGUAUUGUAAGUACUAGGCCGAAUACAAUGAUGCUUGCAUACAAUAUGUCUAAGGCAGCCAUAGAUCAAUUCACAAAAUGUGUGGCUUUAGAAUUAGCACCAGAUGGGGUAAGGGUUAACUCUGUUAACCCUGGGUUUGUUAAGACAAAUAUUAUAAAGGAUAGUGGUCUGACAGAAGAUCAAAUGGACAUGUAUGCUAAAAAUAUGGCACAGAGCAACCCACUGAAAAAACUAGUUGAGGCUGAUGAAGUAGCAGCAUUAGUGGCUUUUCUUGCCAGCAAUCAAGCUAAGAGCAUCACAGGAUCUUGUUAUCCAAUAGAUAGUGGCAAACUGUUAGUGUAGAAAUGUUUAGACCACUUUAUACUGAGAAAUAUUAUGAUGUAUAUAUAUUAAUUAUUUACUCAUAAAUUUAAUCUUUGUAGUAAAAUUAGUAUUAUAUUUUUGAACAACAGUUAAUCUACUAUAACUAACAACUUUUUAAAUAUGUAAAAGUUAAAAUAAUAUAUUUAUUUGUAGA